UAUAUCGUGACUUAUGGCCACCAUACUUGAAACCAGUACAAUUUCUUAUUUAUGUAUCGUUUUGUAGAACGUAAAACGGCUGCCUUCCAGGGACUGAGUGCCUGCUGCCAAGAGAAGAGAUUCGCUUCUAGCUGGUCUUCUGCGGUACUAAACGUAAAGUUGUCCCUGUACUUAAUUAGUUAAGUACUGAGUCCUGAAGACAUAGGGGGAAUGGACGUAUAGCUCCAACUUUCUUAAACGUGGCACUAGAUCGAGGUGGCCAGGUCGCUGGGAUGAGCCAGAGGGCAGCAGGAUGACAGAGACCCGGGAGUGUCCGCUCGCCAACGAGAAACAUUUGCUGUCCUUGGAGAUGAACCAGUGUGGCAGCAGUGCAGACGCAAAUGUUGCGACGGCUGGGGCAUCGGGCUCCAAGGGCAAGUCAGGGUCAGGCAAAGCGGAGGAUCUCCCGGAACGAGGAACUUGGAGCGGAAAGUUGGACUUCAUCCUGUCGGUUGUUGGUCUGGCCAUCGGUCUGGGCAAUGUAUGGCGUUUCCCAUACCUCUGCUACAAGAAUGGAGGAGGAGCCUUCCUGAUCCCCUACUUCCUGACCCUCAUUUUGGCUGGAAUCCCCAUGUUCUUCAUGGAACUUGCCCUCGGACAGAUGCUGACCAUUGGUGGUCUGGGUGUGUUCCGCAUCGCGCCCAUCUUCAAAGGCAUUGGCUACGCGGCCGCAGUCAUGUCUUGCUGGAUGAACGUGUACUACAUCGUGAUCCUCGCCUGGGCCAUCUUCUACUUCUUCAUGUCGCUGAGAUCAGACGUGCCGUGGAGGACAUGCAACAACUACUGGAACACCCGCAACUGUGUGAACGCAUACGAACGGGGCAACCUCACAUGCUGGGACGAGUCCUACAAUAACACAGUAUACAACAAGGUGUGCUCUGUCAACCAGUAUAACAUCUCCGUUAAGGAACUCACUGAUCCCGUCAAAGAGUUCUGGGAGCGCCGAACUCUGCAGAUCUCUGAAGGUGUGGAACAUGUGGGCGGCAUCCGCUGGGAGCUGGCUGGCACGUUGCUCCUCGUCUGGAUCCUCUGCUAUUUCUGCAUAUGGAAAGGCGUCAAAUGGACAGGCAAAGUGGUGUAUUUUACGGCCUUGUUUCCGUACGUCCUGCUGACUGUACUGCUCAUACGUGGCAUCACACUUCCCGGAGCGGCUGAAGGAAUCCGCUUCUACAUCAGCCCCAACCUCUCCAAGCUCAGGGAGUCAGAGGUUUGGAUUGAUGCUGUAACUCAGAUAUUUUUCUCCUACGGGCUCGGCCUUGGCACGCUUGUAGCUCUGGGAAGCUACAACAAAUUUACCAACAACGUGUACAAAGACGCUUUAAUCGUAUGCUCCGUGAACUCAAGCACCAGCAUAUUUGCAGGCUUCGUCAUAUUUUCUGUGGUGGGCUUCAUGGCGCACGAGCAGCAGAAGCCGGUUGCAGAAGUGGCAGCUUCAGGUCCAGGACUGGCAUUCCUGGCAUACCCAUCAGCCGUUCUGCAGCUACCUGGAUCACCAAUGUGGUCCUGUCUUUUCUUCCUCAUGCUGCUUUGUAUUGGACUGGACAGCCAGUUCUGCACCAUGGAAGGUUUUAUCACUGCCAUGGUUGAUGAAUGGCCUCACCUUCUGCGACGACGCAAAGAAUUGUUCAUAGCUGGAGUGUGCGUCUUAUCAUACAUAGUUGGGCUGUCCUGCAUAUCACAGGGUGGAAUGUAUGUUUUCCAAAUCCUUGAUUCAUAUGCUGUCAGUGGCUUCUGUCUCCUGUUCCUGAUCUUCUUUGAAUGUAUUGCUAUUUCAUGGGCAUUUGGAGUAAAUCGAUUUUAUGAUGGCAUCAAAGACAUGAUUGGCUACUACCCAUUCAUGUUCUGGAAGCUCUGUUGGACCAUCACUACACCACUCAUAUGUGUGGGAGUGUUUUUCUUCAACAUUGUGCAGUGGACUCCAAUAAAGUACCUAGACUAUGAGUACCCGUGGUGGAGCCAUGUUCUGGGUUGGCUUACAGCACUUUCUUCCAUGCUGUGCAUUCCAGGUUACAUGGUCUACAUUUGGAUGAAAACCCCAGGAGACACAAGAACAAGAGUCAAACUUCUUGUACGGAUAGAAGAUGAUGUGGCAAGUCUUCGAGGAAAGAUGACAGGAACACCUUCAGAGAUAACAUCUCUGUAACUUAUUAGUUCCAUGCCAACUAGUUUAACUCCUGUCUCCUUCAAGUGAGCAACCAAUUGCCGAUCUCCAGACUUUGAAAAGAGAUGAAAAAAUGUGCUUGCCUUUGAAGAAAUGUAUGAAUAACGUACUUCUAACUGUCCUUGAUACUAACAGUGAAGUAAAAAUUAGGAGACGGACAUCUGCAACUCAAACUUGAAGUAGUUUCAGAAUACUUACACAAGAUACUCGCCAUGUUUUGGAGGGGGGAUUACUGUAUUCAUAUAAGGAACAUGCAAUCAAUGGUGUAUUUCCUUGAAAAUAUAAUGGCCACUAAGAGACGGAAAAGUUGUUUCAUACCAGAAGCAAUUUUCAAUAGUGAAAUAUCUGAAGUCAAGAAUCCAACAGCAAUUCCAUGCCACCAGCAUUAGUAGACUAUAGUACAAUCAUCACUUUCUGUGUACAAACUCAAUGUGACACAACCCUAUCAUAUGUGUGUGAUGCAUUCAGAUUAUUUUUGCUAAUAAAUGUAAGGAUUUCUGAUGCAACUAAUUUAUUUGUCAAAAAGACAGAUCAUUAUUAGUAUGUGAUAUAAAUAGAUGGGCCAUUUUAUUUCAUUUUAAUUCUUGAUGUUAACAAGCAUGCUUUCAAGUAACACAUGUACACAUGCAGCUAGCAGAAUGUAUCAUGAUUUCAUACAGCUCUAGUUUUUUGUGAGAACACAGUUUAUCAUUAUGCAAAUAUGUUGUCACAAACUCUAUAUACAGCUGUAACUUUGUUUUCAAUAAAAACACUUUUUACUUAUAAUA